ACACAUUCGAUAGGUGUCAUUUUCUCGGACCAGAGACCUCAUCCCUGAGUUUAUUUUUACACUGCACCCGCCUCUCUAGCGUGUACGUCACUCCUCUUUGAUGGAGCUCGUGCACAUUGAUAUAACGUGUAAUGGAUUUUAUUCAAAAGCCAUUUGGCAACUUUAAUCCCUCCGAGCACGAGCCAAUCCUGCUCCAUUAAGACCAUUUAAAAUACAGAUCUGUUUGUAUAUCACGACCUUUCCGGAAGGCUGCUGUGAGGGGUGGAACUUGACAUGAGCAAAGGCUCGCGUUGAGUUGUGCCUGUUAGCUAGCUAGCCGCCUGACAGCUUUAAUUCAUAACAUUUAACAACAUUCAUGAUGGAGUCUUCACUCGGGAUUUUUGAGAGCAAAUGCUUGACUACUGUUAGAGGGCAUGAGCUCAGAGGCGGGCAGAAAGAACCGAGACUCCUGUCCCUGUUAGAGUGUUCUGGACAGUUCAUGUUGGAUAUUCUGGCAAACCCUGAUGCAAUUGUAUUAAGUCCUGUGCCCCAGCUGUCCAUCCCCAUCAAUAACCAUUUUCAGCUAGUUCGAGAGGCUGAAGAAGCACUUCUCAUUGACAUCUCUUUUAACACAACGGUACGGAUUCGUCUUCGAGGCGAGCGAACUCCAGAGUUUCUGCUGGAGCUGCAGGAUGACGUGCACACACAAUCCUUUAUUCAGCAUGUGAUGAAGGCCAAACAGCAAGCUGAGGGAAGGAGUUCAUUGCCUAAGAAGAUGGAGCCUGUUGUACCUGUUCCAAUCCCACCUCAAAGAGGAACCUCCAAAUACACCUCAAACAACAUCAACAACAGCACUUUAGAACAGCCCUUAAAAACAGACUCUGCCCAUUCGCUUGCCACAGAUUUUGGCUUUAAGGAACAUUUUAACCAUUCUGUAAAAGUGGAAGAAAAGAAGAACCAGCAAAAUCGUAUCGUUGCACAACGAGAGCCACCACCAGUGCCCCCUCUUCCCCCUCGGAAAGGCACACACACACCUUCAACUAACCUCACGGCAGGCCCAACCACCAAAGAAAGGCCACUGCCCGCACAGAACGCUACACCUGUCAGACAAGAGUAUCACUCUGUAGACUGCCCCAUUUCCUUGUCUGACAGCCCAUCUAACUACAGUAUGAGACAGACCAUAAUGGGCAGCCACACAGGCUCAAGGGAAGGUCUGAUCAAGUAUCACAUGAGCAAGAAGGAGAAAGAAUAUGUGAACAUUCAGUACUUCAACUUCUUCAUGGGCACGUGGAAUGUGAACGGUCAGUCCCCUGACAGCAGUCUGGAGCCCUGGCUAUGUUGUGUCUCAGACCCUCCGGAUGUUUAUGCACUGGGAUUUCAGGAGCUGGACCUAAGCACAGAGGCCUUUUUCUAUAUGGAUUCAUCUAAAGAACAGUUGUGGGUUGAGGCUGUAGAGAGAUACCUCCACCCUAAAGCCAAAUACAAACGGAUUCGUAUUAUUCGCCUGGUGGGAAUGAUGCUGGUGGUGUAUGUCAACAAAGCACAUAAGCAUCAUAUAAGAGACGUGGCUUCUGAGUCUGUGGGAACUGGUCUCAUGAAUAAAAUGGGAAAUAAAGGAGGAGUUGCCGUGCGAUUUGUAUUUCACAAUACCAGCUUCUGCUUUGUAAACUGUCACUUGGCGGCACAUGUGGAUGACUAUGAACGUCGGAACCAGGACUACAAAGACAUCUGUGCCCGCAUGAGUUUCCACCUGCUGGACUACCCCCCUCUCAGUAUAGUUAAACAUGAUGUGGUGGUUUGGCUUGGAGAUCUCAACUACAGACUGUGUUUGCCUGAUGCAGGGGAGGUAAAAAGACUUAUUGCUGUUAACGAGCUACGGAGGCUUCAAGAGUAUGAUCAGCUGAACCUCCAGAGAACGACUAAAUGUGCCUUCACUGAUUUCAUGGAAGGGGAGAUUAAUUUCAUCCCAACUUACAAAUUUGAUUCUAAAUCAGAUCGAUGGGACUCAAGUGGGAAGUGUCGAGUCCCUGCUUGGUGUGACCGUAUACUGUGGAGAGGGAGCAACGUGAAGCAGCUUCACUAUCGCAGUCACAUGGAGCUGAAGACCAGUGACCACAAACCCGUCAGCUCCCUCUUCAGUGUCGGGGUGAAGAUGGUAAAUGAUCAGCGCUACAAGAAGGUGUUUGAAGAGAUUGUGCGGGACAUGGACAGAAUGGAAAACGACUUUCUCCCUUCUCUGUCCCUAACCCGACGGGAGUUUACUUUUGAGAACGUAAAGUUCCGUCAGCUGCAGCGUCAGAGUUUUCUCAUCACUAAUGACGGACAGGUCGCCUGCACCUUCGCCUUCAUUCCUAAACUCAAUGACUCUCAGUACUGUAAGCACUGGCUACGUGCUGAACCCAGCGAGGGUGUUCUAGACCCUAAUGAGAAAUUGGAAAUCUUCUUGGAGGUGUAUGUCAGUAAAGACUCUGUAACUCUGCUAAAUUCUGGUGAGGAUAAAAUCGAGGACAUUCUGGUGCUUCAUCUGGACAGAGGGAAAGACUACUUCAUCACUAUUUCUGGGAACUACCUGCCCUGCUGCUUUGGAACGUCUCUUGAAACGCUGUGCCGUAUGAAGAAGCCCAUUCGUGAGAUCGCCAUCACUAAACUAAUUGACCUGGGAGAGGAUAGCUGCAUGGAAAAGGAGAAAUCCAGGAUGAAUUUCUUGUUGGAGAGUGCUGGUACAGAGGAUAAACCUCUGAAGAUUCCCAAAGAGGUCUGGUUACUUGUUAAUCACCUCUACACCAAGGCCUGCAAACAGGAGGACCUCUUCCAAACCCCUGGCCUUCAAGAUGAACUACAGAGUAUUAUUGACAUCCUGGACACCAGCAUUCCUGAAUCCAUCCCUGGCUGUAAUCACUCAGUUGCUGAAGCUCUGUUGAUCUUCUUGGAAGCUCUGCCUGAGCCUGUGCUUUGUUAUGAACUCUACCAGCGCUGUCUUGAAUACUCUCAUGACAGUCGCCUUUGUAAACAGCUAAUAUCUCAGCUCCCGCGGGCCCAUCGCAAUGUGUUCCGCUACCUAAUGGCCUUUUUGAGAGAAUUGCUCAAACACUCUAUUGACAACAACCUGAACGCCAACCUCCUAGCUACACUCUUUGCAAGCCUCCUCAUUCGUCCACCACCCAACCUAGCUGGCAAACAGACGCCAAGUGAUCGUCAAAGAGCCAAUGACUUCAUCUUGGGGUUUCUGAUGGGAGGUGAUGAAGACUGAGGGAGCUGACUGCAGAUCGAGGGUCAGAUGUUAAGGUGUCAAGCCUCCUCUCAGAGAUGUUCAGGGGGUUCUGGAGUGAGUGGACUUGAACUGGACUGUUUGGGUGCAUUUAUGGCUGGACUUCUGGGAGAUAUUUGGGUCACCCUGUGCUAAGAAGGCUUACAGCUCCAUGAUAGGAGUUUGGGUGCAUUAGAGAGUGCCUGCUUUGGCACAGACACUGCCCAUUUUUUAACAUUAUGCUCUUCUAAUCCUCCUUCAGAGAAGUAGUCUCUGGUGUCAACUUCUCUCCACCCUAGCUCCGGAAGGAUUAAUAACUACACUUUGACCCUAAGGAAAAUCAUCUUUUUGACUGUAGCAUUUAGAAUCCCACCUUCUCAGUUUUUGUCCACCUGAAGCAGAUUUCAUCAGAAUGCCAACUCCAAUAUAUCCCACCAUAUUUGACUGAAUGUGUGUGAAAAUGAGUAUCGGGACCUGUGGACACUCAGAGAAUGAAUUUAUUACACUAAAGGAAAGCCAUGUUGAGGACAUUGUUUUGACUGCUGCUGCUGGGUUAAAUGCUCUCUCUAGAACGGCUCCGUAAUCAGAACUUGGCACACCUUUUCUCUCAGUCUGCCUGUCGGUGUCUCUCUCUCUCUCUGCCUCCCCUUCUCAGAAUCAUCAGCUGACUUUAUGAGAAAGAAAUGUUUUAUUCCCACAAGUUGACUUUGACAGUCGACUAUCUUUCAGAGCAGAAGUUCUGUUCUGUAAUCUUUACUCAAAAUUGUAUCUGUAUCAUGAUGAAUCAUCCGGCUCUGUCUGUUGUGGUGUGCAUAUGUUAUUUAUGUUUUCCAGUCUUGUAUACCAUUGUCCACAACAUUGUACAUUUGGAUGUCCUCCUCAGAUCAAUAGUCGUAUAAUGGAUUGUCUUUAUGGCCUGGUAAUGCUCCAGAAAUAUUUCCUCUAUCCUUUGUAGUUUUGAUGCCACAACCUCCUUUGAAUUGUUUACCAUCAUUAGAUAUGAACUCAUCGUAAUCCAGAGGUCUGGGAAGAAUCCUUUGUUCUUUUACAGGUCUGCUCUGAAUCCUAUCGUGCUAAAGAGACAUUAACAUUUAAACUGAUGCACUCACUGGAUGCUUUACUAUUGUCUUGUCCUGUAAUGAAGAUGUAAAUGUGGUCCUUCUGUUUUCUAUUAAUGUGUAUGUUGUAUGCCAUACUGACCCUUAACCCAGACUGGGAAAAUUGUGUGUCCGUUUACAAGUCUUUGUGUCCUUUUUUCAGCUAUGGUGUUGUUACACAUUCUAUAUCAGUGUAUUGACAUACAUUGGCAUGUUAAUUUCUUUUGCAUUAUAGUACACAUUUGGAUUCUGCUGAACUUUAUUGCGAGUGCCGAUUUAAAUUCUGCUGAGGUUUAUUUCCUUCAAAACCCUUUUUAAAGUGAUCUUUGAUAACACAGAAGCUCAUAUUGCCCAGCCAGUGUGUUUUGUUUCCUACAGCAUAUGAAGAGAAUGCUUCCUCUCUUCUGUUAUGCUAAUAUAAAAAAUAAUCAAACAUUUCUGUAAUAUUAUUGGAAUACAAACCACCAAAGCCUUUCUCAAAAUACGUGUUUUACCAUAGUCCAUUAGCAGUAUUUUCUCAAUCACAUAAGAAGUGCAGGAAAAAAGAAAUGAAAAAGACUUGUCAGCAGUCUUAAUGUCCUGUUUUCCUCUAAAACUCAAGGAGUCACACUGUGAGUGAACAUGGCUGUAGUUUAUUGCCCACAGAAACUACUACUCAUUCACUGUCUCCAGUCAGAUUCUGUCAUGUUUACAAGCUCCAGUCUAAUCUUUCUGCAUGUUCUUUUUUUAUUUCUGCUAAAUUCCAUGGUUAAAUUCCAGAGCUUGGCUGUCUUAUUCAGCCGGUUAUGGCCUGAAAUUACUCACUUUUCAGUGGCAGUAAAGGAUGUUUCUGGAAGGAAUGGACCUCAUUGCAGGAGGUUGAAUCGCAGGAGCAUGAAUUCAGAUGGCCAUUAUUCUAACACAUUUUUUGCUGUGCUGUUGUCACCACCCUGCCUCUUUGUUUAUUGUGUUGCCCUGUCUUACUUUCCAUUCAGUUUUUGUAAUGAUCAGUCUGAAGUUUCUGGUACUUUGCAGCUGGGUACUUGCACAUUCUUUGUUUUAUUUGUGGGGAGGUGUUGAGGUCAUACAUUUAUUUAAUGGAAUAAAGACAUUAUGACUAUUAUUGUUUUUUUUU